AAAUCAUAUCGGUUCUCUUGUUUGCUUUCUGUUUUCCGAAGAAUACUUUUCUUCUCUCUCUCUAUCUCCCUCUCUUUAAAAAAAAUUGCUAUAAAAGAAGGAAAAAAUGGAUGGUUCACAGAUCGGAGAAGUAAAAAUGGAAGGAUGGUUACAUAUAAUUCGUUCGAAUCGGAUAGGAUUACAGUACUCAAGGAAACGUUACUUUGUUCUUGAAGAUCAUCUUCUUAAGAGCUUCAAAUCCAAGCCCGUUUCCAAUCUCCAGAAACCUGGUAGAAGUGCUAUUAUUGAUUCCUGCAUUCGAGUAACAGACAACGGGAGGGAGAGCAUUCAUAGAAACGUAUUCUUCAUUUUCACCCUCUAUAAUAGUUCUAAUCCCAAAGAUCAACUUAAGCUAGGAGCUUGUAGUCCUGAAGAAACAGCAGGAUGGAUUCAAUCCUUCCAGGAAACAGCUUCAAAGGGUGGUACAUACCCUGGAACAGAUGUUGCUUGUUUAACGAGCAGAUGGCAGUCCUUCAGUUUCUUAGAAGGACUCCUUGCAUGCAGAUCGAGUUGUUCCGGUAAUGCAAAUCAUAACAAUUCUAUUGACUGGACACUUUGUUCGUCCACAAAGAUGGACAGAGUGACAUCUGACAUUGUAGCACCGUCGCCUUGGACAAUUUUUGGCUGUCAGAAUGGUCUUAGAUUGUUUAAAGAAGCUAAAGAUAGGGAUUCUCAUGGAAAGUGGGAUGACCAUCCUGCAAUCAUGGCUGUAGGCGUUGUAGAUGGAACUUCAGAAGCCAUUUUCCAGACACUUAUGUCUCUUGGACCCUCAAGAUCAGAAUGGGACUUCUGUUUCUACAAGGGUAGUGUGGUCGAACAUCUUGAUGGUCAUACUGACAUUGUUCACAAGAUGCUGUAUAGUGAUUGGAGAAUGAAAAGGAGAGAUAUCUUGUUGCGACGAUAUUGGAGAAGGGAAGAUGACGGAACAUAUGUUAUUCUGUACCACUCGGUGUUUCACAAGAAGUGCCCACCACAGAAAAGCUAUGUCCGUGCCUGCCUUAAAAGUGGUGGAUAUGUCAUAUCUCCUCUGAAUGAAGGAAAGCAUUCGGUUGUAAAACACAUGCUUGCAAUUGAUUGGAAAUUCUGGAAAUCUUAUCUUCAAACUUCUGCAGCCCGAUCUAUUACCAUCCAUAUGCUUCAGAGAGUUUCUGCAUUAAGAGAGUUAUUCAAAGCCAAACAAGGAAAAUAUCCUUCCACUGAUAUUUCAUCUGGAGAGUGGGUACGAAAUGUUAGAUUGCAACAGAGUGAAGAGGAGAGUGUAGUUGAUAUGUGCACACAGAUAGAGUCUGGGAAAUCAGAGGAAAAUAUGAGUGAAGGAAUAGAAAAGGCAUCUUCAGAGCACUCAAGUCUGGUAGGUUUUAGUGAUGCUGCCGAUGAAUUCUUUGAUGCUCCAGAGCCAACAGAUUAUGAUCAAUCAAUAGAUAGAUGGGACUGCGACUUUCGUCCUGAAGUAUACGCUCAGGAUACGCGCCAACCAAAGUUAUCAACUGCUGCUGUUUUUGUGAAAAAGUUGCAUGAUCUUGCAGUCCAGAAGAGGGGUUACAUGGACUUGCAAGACAUGACAAGAGUAGAUGGCAUAUGUUGCUCCUAUGGUAACACUCUUCACAAGGAUCCAACUUGUACAUUACCUUGCAGUUGGACAGAAGCAGAACCCUCCACAUUUUUAAUUCGUGGGGAGAAUUACCUAGAAGAUCGUCAGAAGUUUAAAGCGAAGGGAACAUUAAUGCAAAUGGUCGCUGCAGAUUGGCUAAGAUCUGACAAACGAGAAGAUGAUUUAGGAGGGCGUCCUGGGAGCAUCGUUCAGAAAUAUGCUGCUCAGGGAGGGCCAGAGUUUUUCUUCAUUGUGAACAUACAGGUGCCAGGUUCAACAACAUAUACCCUAGCACUAUACUAUAAGAUGAAUACUCCAGUGGAAGAUUCACCUUUGCUGUAUAACUUCAUCAACGGUGACAAUGCAUAUAGAAAUUCAAGGUUUAAGCUCAUCCCAUACAUAUCAAAGGGGUCGUGGAUAGUCAAACAGAGUGUUGGAAAGAAAGCUUGUCUCAUUGGCCAGGCUUUGGAAAUUAAUUAUUUCCGUGGGAAGAACUACUUGGAGCUUGGGAUCGACAUUGGGUCAUCGACGGUGGCAAGAGGCGUGGUCAGUCUCGUGCUUGGUUACCUCAACAAUCUGGUUAUUGAAAUGGCAUUUUUGAUCCAGGCAAAUACAGAAGAGGAACUGCCGGAGUAUCUUCUUGGGACUUGUCGGUUGAACCAUUUGGAUGCAACAAGAUCGGUUACGGUAAAAGUUUGAAUUGUGGAAGUAUUAGGGUAGGUUGAUUAAGAAGCUUGGGUGAUGAAUGAAGAACAGCACAAUCAUAUUAUCGCUUUAUGGCAUUGCUGCUGCACAGAGUUGCAUUCUUUAUUUAUUUAUUUUUUUAAAUUAUUUAAUCAACUGGCCAUUUCUAACUUUGUGGUUUGUAGAUUUCAUUGUAUAACUGGGAUGGAAAAUUAGCUGUUGCAUAUACCUUAAAUUAGUGGGUUUUAGAAAUCCAGUUUAAAGUUUUUGUGUU